ACAUUUCUCCUUUUUUGCCUCACCAUAAUUUUUUAGCUACCUUCUUCUCUCUUAUCUUUCCCCAAACUCCAACUCUAAGUGCUCGCUGCUACAAAAAUCAAGAAAAGACACUUUCUUGAUACCACAAAAAACUUUGCAAAUGGCUUUUGCAGGAACUACACAGAAAUGUAUGGCAUGUGAAAAGACAGUGUAUUUGGUUGACAAAUUGACUGCAGAUAAUAGAGUGUAUCAUAAAGCUUGUUUUAGAUGCCAUCACUGCAAGGGUACUCUCAAGCUUAGCAACUACAAUUCCUUUGAGGGAGUUCUCUAUUGUAGACCUCACUUUGAUCAACUCUUCAAAAGAACUGGAAGUCUAGACAAAAGCUUUGAAGGAACACCAAAAAUUGUGAAGCCAGAGAAAGAUGAGAAACCACAGGCAGCUAAAGUUUCAAGCAUGUUUGUUGGAACAAGAGAGAAAUGUUUUGGCUGUAAGAAUACAGUCUAUCCAACAGAAAAGGUAUCUGUGAAUGGAACACCGUACCACAAAAGCUGUUUCAAAUGUAGCCAUGGAGGCUGUGUAAUUAGCCCAUCCAACUAUAUCGCGCACGAGGGGCGCCUCUACUGCAAGCACCACCAUGUUCAACUGAUCAAGGAGAAAGGAAACUUAAGCCAGCUUGAGGGAGAUCAUGAGAAGACUUCAGUUAAAACAGCAGAAUCAUAAAACUCCCAACAGUAUAUCAUGUAGUUUUUUCAACAAGAAUAUGAAUAAUGGUUAUUCAGCUGAGGAUAUAAGGACCUUCCUUUAAUGUACUUCCUUUUGCUACUAUUUUUCUCUCUUCUGCUUACACAAAUUUGAUUCUGAAUCAUAUUCUUCUAGUGUAUGUUAAUUUUUUUCACUUUUGA